AUGGCCUUGCAGAACUACAACCUCGCGUGGUCGGACUCGCUUGUUGAGCGGGUGGAGACGCACCUGCGCGACAUCCACAGCGCCCUCAUUCAGCACUACGAGAGCAGCGGCUACGAGACCGACGUCGAGGGUCGUCAAGCAGCGGCAGAUGCGAACGGUGAAGAUGAAAGUGCAGCAGCGGCGGCCACCAUCGACGCAGUCAGCCCCGCCGGCAGCUUCCUCCUUCGCACCUGUGUGUACGACACGCCUUUUCCAGAACUGCACGCGCAGCGCGGCGUGGGGGCCGACCUCGUGCUGUCCAUCCCGGCCAGCUGCUGCUCUGCCGCUGACCUGCAAGACGGGCUGUACCUGGAGCGUCGCCAGGCUUUCUUGGAGGAAAUUCACGCUUACCUGGCCCAGCUCAUUCGCGGCGCCACGAAGCGCGCCGCGGCAGCUACGGCGUCUUCGUCUACUACGGCUGCGGCCGCCACAGCCGACUCCGACGGCGACAAUGAAAGCAGCGACGGCGAGGCUGUGCCGUCGUCGCGUACGAAGAAGACUGCGUCCUCGAGACGCUCCGAAACGGCCAAGGCGGCGAAUAUGGCGGCCGCCGCACGCCUGAGUCGGAUGGAGGUCUCCGUGGCCCCCAUUCACGGCUGCUAUGCGUUGGAGGGAAAGAACAUUCUGAAACUGCGCUUCCGUCGCCGCGCGCAGCCUGCCGUGUACGAGACCUUCUUCGUCAACCUGCACUUCCGACCCUCCAUGUUUUCGGGCCGCACAGUGAACGCCGCGGCGGUGCGCAAGCACCCCUACUACAGCUACAGCAUCUUGGAGGAUUACCUGAUGCCGCACUACCUGAAGAAGCUGCACGAGGUGUGCGUCGCGAGCGCCAGCGUGCGCCGUGCCAUCGUGGUGCUGAAGUGCUGGGCGCACCACACAGGGCUCAUGUCCGCCGCGUCAGGCCACCCAGAAGGUUUAAACGGCUUCGUCAUUGCUGCGAUGGUGCUGCGGCUGUUGGAGGAGGGCAUCGUGUCGGCGAGUAUGUCGUUGGACAACAUGGUGCGUGCGGUGUGGGUCCAACUCUCGCGCGGGUUCUUCGCUUCCGGCUCGGCGACGGCGGUCGCCCGCCCUGUGAAGGUGUCGCUGGCGGAGGAGCAGGGCGAGAUGUGCGUGCUGCGCUUCGCCGGCGAGGUGCACAACAUCCUCUUUCACACCUCCACCGCCUUCUUUCAGCACGUCAUCCGGCCCGCCGCGGAGGAGGCGCUGCAGCACCCCUUUUCGAUGGAGGUGGUCGACCGCGUCGCCUUCCUGCCGCUGCCGCUACGCUACGAUGUGGCCCUCACGGUGAGACUGCACGCGUCCGCUAAUUCCUCUUCUGCUGCUGCCGCGGCUACGGAGCGCAGCGAGACGGCCGUGAAGAAGAGUGGCCUGUGGCGUUCGCCGCGGGUGGCCGCCAUGGAGGAACCCCUCCGCGUGCUGCGCGAGGCCCUCGGCAUCCGCGCCAGCUUCGUCACCGCGUGGCAGACGGACGACGACCACCUGCAGGUCGUGGUGCAGCUCACCAGUGAGGCGGAGGGCCGCAACCGCCUCACCCGUGGCCCGGCCAUCGAAGACGCCGCCGCCGUGGAGCGCUUCACCGCCUUCUGGGGGGCGGACCUCACCUCCACCCGCCAGUUCAGCGACGGCGCCAUCUACCGCUGCGUCCUGUGGACCUUCCCGGAGGAUGAGGGUACCCACACGACCAUCGCCCUCUCCGCCUCGGCCGUCCUGCGGCGUGUGGUGGAGUUUGCGCUGCGCAAACACGUCGCCGCUCAGGCGGAGGUGAACGUUCUGCUUGGUGGCCUGGAAGGCUACUUAUCCGAACGCAUCGGGGCGGAGUGGCGGGACGCGGCCCCGCUCAUGCAACGCAGCUUGCUCGACGCCACCAAGGCGGUGCAGCACAUGCUGCAGAACCUGCCGCACGGCAGCGUCCCGUGCCGCAUCGUCUCCUUCGACGUCGUCGCGGCGAGUGAGAGGCACACGGAGGUGUUUCCGGCCCGCCCGCACCUGGCGCUGACCUACACGACAGACAACCUGCAGGACCCCAGCUUUGCGGGGCUGAGCACCGAUCCGACGAUUGAGCCGAUCCACUGCGUCCUGAGCAUUGACGACAACCGAUCCAUCCCGGACACGAUGGAGGCGAUUGCGAUGAUGAAGGGCGCGAUUGCGGCGCAGCUGGCCAAGACGCUGCAGGCGCACUUUGGUGAGCAGACGGCGACGGCGACGAGUGCGGAGAGCGGCAAGAAGGCGAAGGCGAAGGCGAAGCGGCACGCACGUGGACCUGGCAGUGAGGCGGAGGCCGAUGGUGAACUGGUGAAAGGCGCGAUUCGCACGCAAUGCACGAGCCAGUCCGUCGACGUCAUCUACCGUGGCUACCUCUUCCGUAUCUACAUUGCCCACUACCGCGAGGUCUCCCUGCUGCGUGCGCUGCAGCGCGAGACGGAGGCGAACGUGCUAGAGAUGAAACUGUACUGGACGGCCCAGCACGCAAAGUUCUUGAAGACGAUCGCCUUCGGCCACCACAGCUACUCCCACGCCGUGCGGCUGGCAAAGCGGUGGAUGAGUGCGAUGUGCCUUUACGAGUUCGUGCAGCCGGAGGCGGUGGAGCUGCUGGUGGCCAACGCGUACCUGCAGCCCGCCAACACGCCCAAGACACCCGCUGGAGGGUUCUUACGUUUUGUGCAGCUCCUCGCCACCCACGACUGGUCCAAGCCGCUCGUGUUGCCGUUUACGGACGACGACAGCGAUAAAACGGCGGUGGCCGCCGCGGCCCUCGUGCGCAAGCUGGGCGAUCAGCAGGGGAUGUUCAUCGCAACACCGUACGCACCCGCGGCGAGCCCCUUUACGGUGCUGACACCGCGGCCGAUGAUUAUGGGCCGUUUGGUGCAGCUCGCCCAGUCGGUGGUUGCGGUGCUGCUGCGCCACUUGGAGGGCCGCAACGCGACGGCGGGCGAGGUGGAAGCCUUCACCUCGAACCCGGCCGCCUUCGACUUCGCCGUGAAGUUCCACCCUCGCCUCAUCCUACAGCCCGAUCGGGCGCUGCGCAUGGACGCCUACGCUGCUGUUGCGGGUGCGGCGUCGGUGGGGGUCUCUUCAUCCUUCACGAGCAGCGAUGCGGACGGGCGCUCUGCGGAGGAAGUGGCUGCUGCGGCUGCGGGCUCUCCCGUGCGUAUUUGGCAGCUCGACGAGCUCGACGCCGCGACUAGCAGCCGCGAGUACAUCAACCAACUCGUGGAACGAGAGCCGGCUGCCCACGCCGUCCGCGUCGUGCGUGCGGCGCUGCGGGAGCGCGGCAUGAUGUUCUACGAUGCGCUGGCUCCUUCCAGUCUGCACGUGGUGGGCAUCUCCGCGCAGCGGCAGCUGGGUAAGAGUCAGCAGCUGCACGCCGCCGUGGUGCAGGUGGCUCGCGGUGCACUGCUUCCAGCCCCUGCGAGUGCUUUUGUUGUUGAGUCGAAAACGAAGGGGAAUCGCGACCUCCGCGGCCACGACGGUGGACAUGAUCACGACGACGAGGACCACGCGCACGCGCAUCAGCACGAUCUCCAACGUGCUUCUUUGCACCAGCGACACAUGUCUAAGUCCUUUAAGUCUCGAAAGGCUGCAGGAAAGACGAUGAAGAAUCUAAAGGGAAAGGGCGGAGAUGCGGGGAAAGUGGGUCGCAGUCACACCUAUCAAGAGCCGCCGCCGCGUGCGGGUCACAAGCGUCCUCGCAGCAGUGACACGCCGCCCUCAGCGGCUGCGGCGAAAGUGCGGAAGGCAGCGGUGACGUCGGCGGCAUCCGACAGAAAGGACAGACCGGUGUCGAAACCGCAGACGACUAGCAAAAAUGCGAAGAAGGCUGCGAAGUAG